AUGGCAACCCCUUAUCACCCUCAGACAAGUGGACAGGUUGAAGUUUCCAACAGGGAACUCAAAAGGAUUCUAGAGAAGAUCAUUAGUGUUUCAAGAAAGGACUGUUCUAGGAAACUUGAUGAUGCUCUCUGGGCAAACCGGACAGCGUACAAGACUCCAUUGGCAUGUCCUCUUAUUAGUUGGUCUAUGGCAAAGCCUGUCACUUGCCAAUUGAACUGGAGCACAAAGCCUACUGGGCAAUCAGCCUAUGAGAAUGCCAAGCUCUAUAAGGAGAAAACUAAGCUAUUGCAUGACAAGAAGAUUGCCAUAAGAGUCUUUGAGUUAGGACAGAGAGUGCUUCUGUACAAUUCAAGGCUCAAACUCUUUCCUGGGAAGCUGAAAUUCCAGUGGUCAGGACCGUUUGUAGUUACCCGAGCUUCACCAUAUGGUCAUGUGGAAAUACAGGAAGAGAAUUCUGAUAGGAAAUUUACAGUGAAUGGCCAGAGGUUGAAGCACUAUCUUGGAGGCGAGAUUGAUCGCCAGAGGUCUGCUCAUCUACUGAAUUAG